AAAGUAGAGUACUAGUCACGUGAUCGUUCGGCGCCAUCUUGGUGUAGUGCUUUUACACUACGUAGCUGAUUAUCCACCGGAAGGGAAAAAGAAACAUCAAGGAUCAACAUAUUUGUCAAUUAAUUGUGGAUUAAACGUUCCUUUAAACUGAUAUUUUAGGAAGGAUAUGGUAGUAGUUAUUGUAAGAGGUCAACAUGGGUGAUCAACUGAAAGAAAAAGUGGUACACCCUUUUAUUGAUUUUCAACCUGAUGACUGUUGGCAGGUUAAAGAUGAUGAAAGUAAUAUUUCUCAUGAAAAUACUAUAGACUUGGGAAAUUCUAAAAACAGCAACAUAAGCUUUACUAAACAAAAUACUACUGAUAAUUUGCCCUGUUCGUCAAUUAUUAAUGGGGUACUUCUUGAUGAAUCUGAUUCUAGUAGUAGUAAACUUAAUAAGAGCAACUAUCUUCCAGGUGUGGGUGAAUUAAAGCAGAAUAACGAAGACAAUUUAGAAUGUCGGGAGACUGGCCAAUCAAACAACUGUAGCACUUCACAAAAUACUAUGGAAGAUUUAAGAGUAGAGAGUGAACAGUUUUUGCAGAAACUGUCAGUUGUAGCCGAUGAAUUAAAGGAAUCUUCCUCUAAUUAUGAUGUUAAAAACUUGGCACCAAAUAAACAAUUGCAUGAUGAGGGGAAAAGUAUUUGUGUUGUAUCUGGAAGUGUAAAAAAUGACUUUGACAAUAAAACUGAAAAUGGUAAAUGUUGCAAAACUACAGAAAGCACAUCAAAAUCUAUCAAUUCUCAGAAACUUGGACAUAGCCAAGUUACUGAAGGUACUUACUGUAGUAGCAAUAAUUUAAAAAAUAGUAAUUUAUCAGAAAGUGAACCUUUGUUAAAGGCCAAAAAUGAUGAGUGCUUAACAAAAAAUUAUAAAAAUGAGUCACAACAAAGUCAAAAUGAAAAUAACAUUGAAAAGGAGCAGAGCUUUGCACAUGAAAUCACAGGCUGUGAUGCUAAUAUAAAAGUUGCUUCACUCCAAGAAGAUAAUCUCAAUAAUAAAGAAACUGGGAAGGUAGAAAAAAGUAUUGAUGAUUCAAGUGACUUAUUGACUAAAGAAAAUAACAGUGUUAAACAAAAAGUAAUGGUUACUGAGUGUGAGGAGAUCAAAGGCAAUGAAGAAGAAAAAAGGGAUGAUCACAAAGAUGACAAUAGAAAGAAUCUAGCAAGCAAAGACAAUGAAUCUUUAAAUAAAGAUUCAAGUAUCAUUGAAGAAGAUAAAUUGAAAACCAAUGUCAGUACUUGUACGAACCUUCAAAAUCACAGUGAUCAAAAUGGAACAACUGUAGAAAAAGAUCUUGAUAAACAAUCUGUAGAAAAGCACUUUAUUAAUGAGAAUAAAGAAGGCAAGAUUGAGAAAUUAAUCAAACCACCAAAAGGUUUAGUAGUAAAGCCUGUAGAAGUAAAAGAUAAAAUUUCACAAAAAUCUAGUCAUCAACAUAAAACUCAGUUACCACAAUAUACAAAUGCAAAAGCUGCUGGUAAAGUCCAAGAUAGGCCAAGUGAUAAACUUGAAGUUAGUAAUCGUCUUUCCACGAAGGGUCGAGUUAAUAAGAAAACCUUUGAUGGAACUAGUGCUCGUGAUAAACAAACAAAGAAAACAGGAAAAUGCAAUGACUCUUUAACAAAUAUACCUGACAUACUGAAAUCUGGGCUUCUGAAACACCUUACCAUUUCUGUUAUUCCAUCAAGUAAAAAUGAAGAAUCCCAAAAGUCAUUAAUGCAAAAGUCUAUCCCAGAAAAGCCUCGGGAUAAGCCAAGGGAAAAGCCAAAAGAAAAACCUCCAGAGCUUCACCAAGAAAAGUAUAAAGAGCAGCCUCUGCCUCCUCUGCUAGAAAGUAUAUGUGGUAGUGUAGUUACAGAUGAAAUGGUAGAGAAGAUUCUCAAAGAAGCAGAAUUUCCUGAAAUAUUUAAAGACAAAGUAAACAUUGGGAAAUUUAUUCCUGUAAAAUUACCUGAUAGCUACAACUUCAGACUGUGUGAAGAUGAAGCAUUAUUAGAAUGUCCAUCAAUGGUGACGCCUUUGCUGCUAAAAAAGAAAGAUAAGUUUCCAACUAAAGUUACACUUCACAGUGAAAGUAACUUUAGUGAAGUAGGAAAAAAUAGGGAUGGGUUGUCUGAAUCUAUUGACAACAGUACUUCUAAAGUUAAAUCUGAGAAAAAUGUGAAUGGACUAGAGAAGGAAUCUGCAGAAAAUAAUGACAAACUAGAAAACAUGGAAAAAAUAAAAGAAAAUACAAAAGACACGCAACAGGAAUCUAUAAAGACAGUAGUUAGUGGUGAAAAAUCAGAAUUAAAACCUAAAGAGUUGGAAGAAGCCUCAAAAGGUAAAGAACCUGAACAAAGCACAGAUAAUAAUGAUACUUCUAAAAUUAAAAAUGUGGGAGAAGAAACUGAGGAUAUAUCUACAAUAUCUAAAGAGAAAACAGAAGGUCAUACUGAAAAAUUGAAACAUGCAAAUGAUACGUCUGAAACAAGUAGUAAAGAGGAAGUACAUUACAAAACUAAUACUUCUUCAUUUGACAAAGAAAACACAGUAGGUAAAACUGAGAAAUUGUUAGAGGAUACAAAAGGAACACAAAAAUCUUUUAAGUUGUCAUCUGAUGAAGAAAAAGGAAGUGAUAAAACUGAGAAAAGUAAAAAAGAUACAAAUGAAACAAGAGAAUCAUCUUCAGAAAACAAUAAAAAAGUGCAAGAAGAAAGUAAAGAACUCUUCACUAGUAGUGCUGUUGGUUUUCUCACUGCCAUAGGUUUAAGUCGAGUUCAAGAGUGGCAUAAAAAAGAUUUAUUGAGGUCUAAAGAACGGCAAAUACGCAGAGAAGGAAAAACAAAACAAUUAGAAAAUGAAUCUCUGAUCAUGAAAAUGGCCUAUUUACAGGCUAAAAAGGCCAAUGAACCAUUUGUUUUUGGAAAUCAUAAGUGUGACAAAUGUGAGUUUAAAUCAGAAUCUUCCAUUGUGAUGGAUGGUCACUCUGCAGUACCCUUUGUGACACCACGUAGGGAAUUUGGGUGUCAUCUCUGUGACUUUUGCACAAGAGACCCAAAAGCAAUUCUUUUUCACAUGGAAGCUGAACAUAAAAAGUUGGGUCAGCUCCCAGCUCCUUCUCAUUUUCAUGAGUGCCCCUUUUGUCCAUUUGAUACAAAUCAGAAACAGAAGUUAAACAGUCAUAUGAAUAGAUGUCAGAAGUUUUUUGUUUUGGGUAGAAAUCAGGCCACAGAACUUGAAAUUUCAGCACAAACAGCAAAGCCUAUAACUCUGAUGGAUAUUAAGACAUACUUGUAUGAACGACAACUUGUAGAGAUGGCUUCAGCAACAAUGAGACGACCAGGUUGUCCAUCAGGUUCUAGAGGGGGUCACAGAAAGCAGUCUCCAAGACAGCAGGGUAAUGUUCCCAGAUCUCUUGCUCCUGUUGGAGUGUUACCAUACAAUCGACCAAUGUACCAACACCUAGCAGAUAAUGCAGUUCUACAGUCCAAAUCACAAAUUAGGGCUUUCAACAGAACCUCUGCUGGUUCUAGUAAUAACAAGACUACCAAUACACGUGUAACUUCAUCAUCUAGACAGGUUCCACUGACUGUUCCCACCAGUCAGAUUUAUAAAGUGGUUGAGGGUGGCAAGGUUCUUCCAAUGAUCACCACCACUAACUCAGCCAUUAGUUGCAAACCAGUCACCCAAGUAUCUAAUGCGCAUGAUUCAGGUCCUCAGCCAGUUGCCCUCUUUACAAAUGUAGCAGCAGGGGGUACUCAUAUGCCUACUAACAACACCAAAAGCCUGUUGAAGGCAGGUAUGCCACCACCACCUCGACUGCAAGGACCCUUUCUCCCCAGUACUGGAAAUUCAGCACCAGGAGAAACAAUACUACCCAGUAACAGUUUUGUGAUCUGUGAAAUUUGUGACGGUUAUAUCAAAGAUCAAGAACAAUUACGAAAUCACAUGCAGUUGAUUCACAAAGUGAAAAUCCAUCCAAAAAUGCUUCAGAACAGACCUCCUCUUAACUGCCAAAAGUGUCAGUGGCGGUUCUUUACAGACCAGGGGCUUGAGCGACAUUUGCUAGGGUCCCAUGGACUGGUGACUUCUAACAUGCAAGAGUUAGCACAGAAGAACCAGGACGCAGGUCGAUGUACUAUCUGUGGACUGGUGUAUGCGUGUAAAUUAGUUGCUCAUAUGAAUCAGGUUCACAAGAUAACACUAAAACCUGCACAUCUGUCAUACAAGUGCACAGUUUGUACAGCAACGUUUAAUUUGUACAAACUCUUUGAAAAUCAUGUUUAUGUAGUUCACAGUGGAUCUGUCAAAAGACACGCUGAUGAUAUAUCCAGUAACCAGCCUACUAAGAAGCAUGCUGGAGACAAGAACACCAAGAUGGGAACUCCAAAGAUUACUCCAAGAUCUAGGUCUAGGAAGCCAGCGAUGCCAGUCAAGAUGGGAGCAGAGUGUGGAAAAACAAGGGACGAUACAUCAGUUUCAACCCAAGGAAAUACCCCGAAAGAAGAUGGCCAUGCCAAGCAGAAGUGUGGAAUAGAGACACUGGGCUGUCGAAGGAGUCCCCGAAGAAGGAACAUACCUGUGGAGUGACGGAGGGAGGAGCUGAAAAUGCUGACUGUUUAUUGUGAUAGGAGUGAAUGUAGAUGACAGACACUGUUAAUGACCUUCAGACUGGUGAGCAGAUUAGGACAUUUUAAUAUUUCAUCCAGGAUAUGUUAAUAAAACUUAAAAAAAAAAAGGAAAUCUGGUUUGAGCAAUGUCAGGAAUUACUUGAUAUUUUUCUUGUCAAAAGCCAUGUUUCUAAAGUUUGUCCACUGGUGUUUGGAUGACCAAACUCAUUUACAUGUACAGGUUUCAUAAUUACAAAUAUUUUCUUGAACUAGAUUGUUUUUCUAUUUUAGGACAUCAUUGUAUUCAUCAUUAGUCAGUGUAUGUAGAAAAUUUUCCUAUUGUUUUUGUGGUGUGUGCCUUCGGGAGGGUUAUUAAAAGAAACUGAUGAUUUUAGCAUGUUCUAAGGUAACAAUAAAUAUCUAAAACCUGUUGUGUAAUUUAUAAUAAAACUAUUUCCACGUGUAAGUCUAAUGGGUUCUUCCUAUCUAUUUAUACUUUCAGAUAUAUAUAUAUAGUACCUUUCUAAUACACAUUUUUUACAGCAUAUAAUUAUUUAAGAGGGCUUCUAUAUGGACAGUUUGUAAGAUGGAGGAAAUUUCUUUAAAAUGUUUUAUCAUGAUUUUUAAUUGCAUCACCUCUUUCUUUUUGUUGUGUGUGUGUGUGUGUAUAUAUAUAUAUAUCAUUAAAGUAAUCUAUAUUAUAAUAAUAACAAACCAAACAAUUUUUCCAUAUAGAAGCUCAAACGAACCACUAUAUGUAGAACAGAUUCAGAUUAUUACCUUCAUUGGUUGAUAAACAACAAUAUGAUGUUUGUUAGGAUCCAAUAUAUAUUGUAAACCCGGAUUAAGGAAUCGUAUCAGAAGGGACCAGAAUAAUGCAUGUUAGUUCUUUUAAGAAACUUCCUCCAGAUGAAAUUGAUAUUUGAAAAUCACAACUAGUUUAGUAUGCAUUUUCCAUUUAUAAACAAAGAUAGUUCCUUAAACAAGUUUUGCCAUUUUUCUCCAUAAUGUCUUUGCAGAAAUCAUAAAUACUAUAUGUUUGUGUCUAGUAUACAACACACAUACAUACAUACAUACACACGUACAAGAUAUGAACAUUUAUAUCUUUACAAAUUUGAAUCAGUGAAUGAAUUAAAAACUGUUUUACGUUACAAAACAUAAAAAGAUGGAACUUUGUUAUGAUGAUAUGUUGUGAUUAUUUUAAAGUCAUGAAUUGCAGAUUUGUGGAAAUCACUUUUUUGACUGUUUAAUUGUUUCAGGUUUAUAAGGUAUAACAAUCCCAGUUUCACCAUCAUAUACUGCAAACUUACAAAUACGAUGAAAAUAAAAAGGCUUAUGAAAUAUAUGUGCUUUGUCAGGUAGAUUAAAUAUUAAUAGUAUAUUUGGCAACCAUAUUAACACCUUCGUCAUUAAACUUUUUAUUAGAAGGGAAAAAAAUUGUCUGUGGAUAUACAAGGAAAGCAUUUUCUGAAGAUAUAUGUGGUAUUGUUUAAGUUAAUAUUUGAGCAGUAACCACAACCUAACUUUUUUGGAUGAAAACACACCAAAUCUUACUUGGAUUUGAGAUGGAUUUAUUUUUCGUUUUCUUGUUUAACACUUCAUACAAAAUAGCUAGUUACCUUGACAUUUUAAUAUGUUGAAUGAGUUGAGUGCAUAUAGCACAGUUUAUUUCCUGUGCAAGCUGUAUUAAAUAGAAGAUGACUUAUAAGUACAAAAACAAUUUCUGUCACUGUUCUUGUAGAAAUGCCCCUGUAUUCACAUUUUAAAGAACACAAUACUAUAAUAGUCUCCUGGAAUAGGUUUCAUUCAGAUUUGUAUUGAAUUAAUAAAUAGUUCAGUAUUUAUUUCAAAAGAUAAAAGGUUUAAUCUGAGCAAGGUUAACAUUUUUUAAACUUGUUUAGGAAUUAUGUAGAAUCUAUGUAUAUUUUGUUUAUAAACAUAAAUCUUUUUUUUUUUCAGGUAAAGCACUAUUUAUUUUAUCUAUUCUUGUCUUGAUUCAACUUGUUUUUCACUGAAGUAGUAGCCAUAUACUCAGUAGCCCAAAAAGUACUAUGGCAAAUAAUUUUAUUAGAAUUAGUUGAGUUAGAAGCCCUAAUUAAGUAAACUUCUUUAAUUACAUCAUCUAACUUCUUUAUAAACUAUUCUUAGCCAACAGAAGCAAGUAAUGUAUAAUUUGUACUUGCAGUCAAAUGAAAAUCAGAAACUUUGUGAAUAUUCCUAAAUUUCUUAAGUGUGUUUGAGAGGUAGCAAGGAAGAACUUGUGUGGUUGAUUAGGAAGAAAGAAGAAUAGUAUUGUUUGUGUGCAUGUGGAGAAUAUAUCGUAUCAGAGCAUUUGUAAUCUAAAACAGUAUACAUGGGAUAUACAUAACUUAAAAACAGUAUACAUGGGAUAUACAUAACUUAAAAACGGUAUACAUGGGAUAUACAUAACUUAAAACGUAAAGUGGUUAAAGGUGUGUGUAAAUUAAUCUAAAACAGUAUACGUGGGAUAUACAUAA